AUGACACAAUCUUUGCCAUUGUUGAACGGUACGGAAGCGUACAAAUUAGUUACGACUCAAGGGUUGUAUGAUAAGACAGUCAAGUUUUACGAAAAGUAUUUGCAAUUAGUUCAUGACAAGCGAGUUGGCACAUUGACAAAUUCUUUAAUCACUCUAAAGCUAGUUGUUGAUAACAGCUUCAAGCCAUUGGAUGUUGUUAACGAUAAAGAUUGGAGGGCCAUUGUGUCAUCAGCAUUGGUUUUUUCAUGUACAAAUAUCCAACAUUUCAGAGAUUUGGCUGCUGGUGAAACGAUUCAGGCCUAUCCUAACGAAACCAACCCAAUUGAAAUAUAUUUGAAGGAUCCAAACGGAUAUAUCAUUGGUAUCACUGAAACGAAAAAUGCUAUUUCUAUCAAACCUACGCUGCCUAAGCAAUCUGUUGAGGCCUCUUUGAUCUCCUCAAGAUCUUCAAGAAUAGACAUUGCUUCUUCUGGUGUUUCCACUGACAGCUCGUAUCCAGCGAUUCCAAAGACUGCGAAAGCGCAAAAGUCCAUCGCCGUUAUGACAUCCGGUGGUGAUGCGCCAGGUAUGAACGCAAAUGUGAGAGCUAUUGUUAGAACAGCUAUUUUCAAGGGUUGUAAUGCCUUCGUAGUCAUGGAAGGUUACGAAGGUCUUGUAAAAGGUGGUCCAAAUUAUAUCAAGCAGGUUUACUGGGAAACAGUACGUAACUGGUCUUGCGAAGGUGGUACCAACAUUGGUACUGCUCGUUGUAAAGAAUUUAGAGAGAGAGAGGGAAGGUUACUUGGUGCUCUUCACUUAAUCGAAGCUGGUGUCGACGCUUUGAUCGUGUGUGGUGGUGACGGUUCCCUCACUGGUGCUGAUUUAUUCAGAUCUGAAUGGCCUUCUUUGAUUCGUGAACUCUUAGAUCAAGGAAGAAUUAACAAAGUUCAAUUCGAUAGGUACCAGCACUUGAAUAUUUGUGGUACUGUUGGAUCCAUCGAUAAUGAUAUGUCUACUACAGAUGCUACCAUUGGUGCCUACUCGGCAUUGGAUCGUAUCUGUCAAGCAAUUGAUUACAUUGAGGCCACCGCUAACUCCCAUUCCAGAGCCUUUGUGGUGGAAGUUAUGGGUAGAAAUUGUGGUUGGUUAGCUUUAUUGGCUGGUAUCUCUACAUCAGCUGAUUACAUCUUGAUUCCAGAGAAACCUGCAUCAUCAAGAGAAUGGCAAGAUCAAAUGUGUGAUAUCAUUUCAAAGCAUAGGUCAAGAGGUAAGAGAACAACUAUCGUUAUUGUUGCUGAAGGUGCCAUUUCAGCAGACUUAACUCCUAUCUCAUCUAAGGACGUUCAUAAAGUCUUAGUGGACAGAUUGGGUCUAGAUUGUAGAAUUACUACACUAGGACAUGUCCAGAGAGGUGGUACAGCCGUUGCUUAUGACCGUAUUCUUGCAACAUUGCAAGGUGUGGAAGCUGUCAAUGCAGUUUUGGAAUCAACUCCAGAUACCCCUUCUCCUUUGAUCGCUAUCAAUGAGAACAAGAUCACUCGUAAGCCUUUGGUUGAAUCAGUUCAACUAACCAAAUCUGUUGCGGAAGCAAUCCAUUCCAAGGAUUUCAAAAAGGCUAUGCAAUUGAGAGAUUCGGAAUUUGUUGAGCAUUUGGAUAAUUUCAUGGCAAUCAAUUCUGCUGACCAUAUCGAACCUAAGUUACCAGAACACACCCAUAUGAAGAUUGCUAUUGUCAAUGUCGGUGCCCCAGCUGGUGGUAUGAACUCUGCAGUUUAUUCGAUGGCUACGUACUGUAUGUCUCAAGGUCACAAACCAUAUGCAAUUUACAAUGGUUGGACUGGGUUAACUAGACACGAAUCCGUGAGAUCUCUAAACUGGAAGGAUCUUUUGGGAUGGCAAUCCCGCGGUGGUUCUGAAAUCGGUACCAACAGACAUACUCCUGAAGAAGCUGAUAUCGGUUUGAUUGCUUACUAUUUCCAAAAGUAUGGAUUCGAUGGUAUCAUCAUUGUCGGUGGUUUUGAAGCGUUUGUCUCCUUGCAUCAAUUGGAAAGAGCAAGAGAGAACUAUACAGCCUUCAGAAUCCCAAUGGUUUUGAUUCCAGCCACUUUAUCCAACAAUGUUCCGGGUACCGAGUACUCCCUCGGUUCGGAUACCGCUCUGAACUCUUUGAUGCAAUACUGUGAUAUUAUCAAGCAAUCUGCUGCAUCAACCCGUGGUAGAGUUUUUGUUGUUGAUGUUCAAGGUGGUAACUCUGGGUAUCUAGCCACACAUGCCGCUGUUGCUGUGGGUGCCCAAGUUUCCUAUGUCCCAGAAGAAGGUAUAAGUUUGGAGCAACUAACGCAAGAUAUUGAAAACUUGACGGAAUCAUUCAGCGAAGCUGAAGGUAGAGGUAAAUUCGGACAACUUAUCUUGAAGUCCACCAAUGCCUCUAAGGUGCUUACUCCUGAAGUGUUGGCUGAGGUCAUUACUCAAGAAGCUGAAGGUCACUUCGAUGCCAAAUGUGCCAUCCCAGGUCAUGUCCAACAAGGUGGUCUACCUUCUCCAAUUGAUAGAACAAGGGGUACUAGAUUCGCCAUCAGAGCUGUUGGUUUCAUUGAGUCUCAACACAAGGUAUUAGCAGCUGAGGCAAAUCUGGAUGAUGACGACUUCGACUUUGAUACACCAAAGAUCAUAGCAACUGCAUCAGUCUUAGGUGUUAAGGGAUCUGACAUUGUCUUUAGUUCAAUCAGACAAUUGUACGAUUUUGAAACUGAAUUGAACAAGAGAACCCCAAAGACUAUUCACUGGCAAUCGACUAGAACCAUUGCGGACCAUCUUGUAGGAAGAAAAAAGCUAUGA